UUCUUACACAUAGAUUUACUAUCACUUAAGUCUUCAACUGAAAGUUUGGCUUAAUGGGCUUUAUGAUAAUUAGGAUAAUGAUAGAACACUUUACAUACCCAAAAGUAAGGAAUCGUAGGACCUAGUUAAAGACAGUGGCCCCAUAUCCAUCACUCCUUUGCGUGACAGCUACGUUUCUUCGGUUUGGGGUCUUCUUCAUUUAUUUUCAUAUAUAGAUAGUACUAAAAGAAGCAACUUGUCUGUCUUUAGACAGUAAAGCACAUGCACGCGCAAAAAUUCUUGCACUGCACUCAAACACAAGCAUAGAAUAUUCAAUAUUCUGCAGUCUUUUACGAUAUAUCUCCCCUCCCACGAAUGCCCUUUAUUUAAGCUCUCUUUUUAUCACAUGUAUUUUAUUAAUUAAACUAUUCUUUUAGCAUAUUGAGUCGGUUUCGAUUUUCAGUUUUCUUUGCAAAUAUUUUUACUUGAACUUGAAAAAACUGUCACAAUAACUCGUGUUGGUGUAAGCACGCAUCUCUGAUCUCUUUUUCGUUUUUGGAAAGCCAACAAGCCUUUUGUAUUUGAAGCACUUUAGUAAUCCAAAGACUUUCAAUAGGUUUGGUUAAUACAUUUAUACCAAAUUAAGUGAAGAGACUUGAAAUAUCUAGAUCUAUUUAAAAAGAAAACAUUUGUUUUUUUCUUAUCGAACUACAUGAAAACCGUAUGCUUUACAAUUUUAGAACAAAGUUGUUAUUCUAAUUUUAGAACUUUAUAAAAAAAACCGCCGGCACAAUCAACUAAACGACAGCAAAGCAAAUUGAUUAGCACAAUCUAAAAAGUCUCCCCAAUUUAAUCAGACAACCGGCUUCUCUUCUUCUCUAUUUCAUAGGAAAUAGAUUUUUUGUGACAAAAGAUUGUGUGGAAAACACUCCGAACUUCAAUCUCUUCCUCACAUUCCUACUGCUAAUAAAACAAGCCUCUCCUCAAAACCCUUUAUUCUAGCCCCUCCCCUACCAAUGGCUCCUCUAUUAACUAUUCAUCUUUUUAAAUUGUAAUAAACCUUUUUUAAAAAACCAAAAAAUAAAAAUAAAAGACUUUACCUGAGAAUUAGGUUCAGGAUGGCCUCAAGGAGCCUCUCCUACACACAACUCCUAGGCCUCCUGUCCUUUAUCCUCCUCUUGUUCACAACCUCCUCAACCGCGGUUCGUGUUGGAGUCAUUCUCCAUAAGCCCUCUGCUCCAACCCUUCCUGUAUUCAGAGAAGCCCCAGCUUUUAGAAACGGUGAUCAAUGUGAGGCUGAUAAGAUUCAUAUAGCCAUGACUCUAGACACAAACUACCUCCGUGGAACAAUGGCUGCCGUCUUGUCUCUCCUACAACAUUCAACUUGUCCUGAAAACCUCUCUUUUCAUUUCCUCUCCCUUCCUCACUUCGAAAACGACCUCUUCUCCAGCAUCAAAUCAACUUUUCCUUACCUAAACUUCAAGAUUUAUACGUUCGAUCCAAACCUAGUCCGCAGCAAAAUCUCCAAGUCCAUCAGACAAGCACUUGAUCAACCUCUAAACUACGCGAGAAUCUACCUCGCGGAUAUCAUUCCUACCAGCGUCGACAGGAUCAUAUACCUAGACUCGGACCUUGUCGUGGUCGACGACAUAGAGAAGCUAUGGCAUGUAGAGAUGGAAGGUAAAGUCGUGGCAGCUCCCGAGUACUGCCACGCGAACUUCACCUACUAUUUCACAAAAGCUUUCUGGUCGGACCCGGAACUAGUCAAAGUCCUUGAAGGUAAACGCCCGUGUUAUUUCAACACGGGCGUUAUGGUCGUGGACGUUGGUAAAUGGAGGAGAGGGAUGUACACACAGAAGGUAGAAGAGUGGAUGACGGUACAGAAGCAGAAGAGGAUAUACCAUUUGGGAUCAUUGCCUCCGUUCUUGCUGAUAUUCGCCGGAGAUAUAAAAGCUGUUGAUCACCGGUGGAACCAGCAUGGUCUAGGAGGUGAUAAUUUUGAAGGGAAAUGUAGAACGUUGCAUCCAGGUCCGAUAAGUCUUCUUCAUUGGAGUGGGAAAGGGAAGCCAUGGUUGAGAUUAGAUUCAAGAAAGCCUUGUAUUGUUGAUCAUCUUUGGGCUCCGUAUGAUUUGUAUCGUUCGUCAAGACAUUCAUUAGAAGAGUAGAGGCAAACAAAAAAAUAUAAAGAAGAUGGCACAUAUAUAUACUAGGAGAUGGAGAAGAUCCAUGCAUGGAGCGAUCGAAGAGAGCCAAAAAACACGUGUAGCAAAAAAAGAGAAACCAAGAGAGAAAGAUUUUGUAACACACACUCCUAAUGUAAACAAGACGUUGUGCAUAUUGAGCUUGGUAGUGGGAUGAGAUAUCAUGCAUAUGGACAUUUUUUUCCUCCUUCGUUUCAUGUUUGUUUUGUUCUACCUCUCUUUGCUUCGACGUGUAAUAUUGUAUAUAGGGUAGUAUUACUGCGAAACUGGAGGAUUGAAUUCAUUCUUUAUUAAUUCAAA